AUUCAGAAAUCUCUGUAACAUGUAACGUGCAAUCUGCUGUAUGAGGAGCACAGCACAGCUUUCCCCAAGGCACAAGGCAUCUUAAUUGAACACCAAGGGGCACAUUUUCUAUGCACCCUGGGUAAUAGAAAGUUACCUUCCCCUACAGUGUAAUUAGCAUGAUUGUAAUUGUAUAUUUCAUGCCAUAAAUGGAGUACACUGAGAUAUCAGUCCUGGCAAAACCCAUCGAAGUCAACAGAACAAAUCUAGUGGGCAACAACUUGUUGGCAUGGAAAGUAUGAAACCAUCAGAUACAACUCAACCAACCCCUCCUUUUCAGAACUUGGCUCUGCUGGUUGUAUGCCCAGUUCUUUAAGCUUCUCUAAGACAGCGGAGCUCAGCAGUGGAUGGGCUGCGGUCUUUGAGUUCUCCCCCCUCACCCUGAAUCUCAUGGCUUCUCCUCCACCCCACCAACUGCAGUGCAGUGUCAAACUGGUCUUCCUCAGUGAGGAGCAGAGGAAGGGAGGCGAAGACAGUAGUGGAUGUGGAUUACUGCAGCUGUCCAGCAGCUCAAACACCAAACUCUUACAACUUAAUGUCCAUCCUGGAGAAGAUGAUGCGGACAUAACCAUUACAGAUGGUGAUGGAGUUUGUGUGUUCAAGAGUUUAAUUAACAAGGAUACAGAAUACUGCCGCGUGGGGAAGCAAUCAGUCCUAAUUACAAUUGGUUUUAAUAGUGCAUUGUUACAUUUCAAGACACAUAGUGAGUACAGUUCUUUUCACAAUGCUUUGAAGAGGUAUAGGAAUCACAGGAAGGAACAUAAUGUGUUCUCUCAGCGCACAGAGGAAUCGUCGGCUUCACAGUACUUCCAGUUUUAUGGCUGUUUAUCUCAACAACAGAAUAUGCUGCAGGACUAUGUAAGGACCACAACAUAUCACAAAGCUAUUUUACAAAACCAUGUUGAUUUCAACAACAAGGUUGUCCUGGAUGUUGGCUGUGGUUCGGGAAUCCUCUCAUUCUUUGCCGUGCAAGCUGGUGCAAGGAAGGUUUAUGCAGUGGAAGGGAGCUCGGUUGCAAAAUAUGCUGAGAUGCUUGUUAUUAGUAACAACCUUUCCGAAAAAAUCUCUAUUAUACGUGGAAAAAUUGAAGAAAUAACUCUCCCUGAGUAUGUAGAUGUAAUUAUAUCUGAGCCAAUGGGAUACAUGCUAUUUAAUGAACGAAUGUUGGAGAGUUACCUGCACUCUAAAAAGUGGCUGAAACCAAAAGGCAUGAUGUUUCCUGCAUUCAGUGAUAUCCACCUGGCUCCUUUUUCAGAUGAACAGUUAUACACAGAACAUUAUUCCAGGGCAAACUUCUGGUACCAGCAGUGCUUUUAUGGGGUCAAUUUGGCAGGCUUGCGAAGUGCAGCAGUUGAUGAAUACUUCCGACAGCCAAUUAUAGACACUUUUGAUAUAAGAAUCUUGAUGGCCCGAACAGUAAAAUAUACUGUUAAUUUUAUUGAUGGUAAAGAAGAAGAUCUACACAGAAUGGAGAUCCCCUUUGUUUUCCACAUGGUACAGUCUGGAUUAGUCCAUGGACUUGCAAUAUGGUUCGACGUUGCAUUUGUUGGAUCACUGGUCACAGUCUGGCUUUCCACCGCUCCGACAGAACCUCUAACUCACUGGUACCAGGUACGCUGCCUUCUCCAGACUCCUCUCUUUGCAAAAGAGGGUGAAACUCUCUCAGGGAAAGUGCUGCUUCAGGCUAAUAAACGACAAAGUUAUGACAUACAAAUUGUGGCAGCGGUAGACCAAACUGGCUUUAAGUCUGGUAACAUUCUCGAUCUAAAGAAUCCCUUUUUUAGAUAUGCAUGAGCUGUGUGAGUGAAAAUCUAUGGAAGGAUUUUGGAAUGAAGAAAGCUGUUUAUCCAAACCUGAAACAAUGGAGAAAAAAAAACAAAAAAAAAAUAUCUGUCUGUAUUCAGUGGAUUUUUAAAUUCAAAUGUUUUAUUUCCAUUAUGCAUUUUUAAUAAAGUAAUAAAGAUUUUAUAAGAUGGCUUAUUUAUUAUGAAGAGAACAGCAUGAUACUCUUUAAAGAUAGGCCAUGCAGAUACAAAUAAAAUAAGAGUACACAAUCAAUCAUAGUUUGUUGUGCAGAUGAUAACUGAUACAACUGUAAUAUAAAUAUUACAUUUUUGGAUGUUUAAUAUGUAAUAGCAAAUGAGUAUUUAAUGAGAUGAUAAUGUGUUUAUGGGUCAACUGACCUCAAACUGGGUAGUUCACAUUUAAGAACUUUUAUAAUGUUAUAGAAUGUCCUAUUCUAAGCAACUUAUCAAUUGGUCUUCAUUUUGUACUUUUUUUUAAAGUUUUUGUUAAUACUUGCCUUCUUUAUUUGCCACUUUCUAAAAUUCAAAGGGGGUCGCUAACCCCAGCAACCAAAAAACUUCCUCUGUGAGGCUACAAUUUUAUUGUUACUUUUUAUUGCCUAUCUUUCUACUUAGUGCCAUAACUCAUAGCAAGCAAUUAUCAAUAUAUAUAUAUAUAUUUUUUUUUUUAUUCUUCCAGUAGACUGGCUGGGUUACAAAACCGGCCAAACUGUCCUUCCUUAGUAAAUUAACCUAUACAUAUGAUCCUAAAUCAAAAUAAUGCUGAAGGUUUGUGUUUCUUGAGCUGUUGGAAUAUGAACAUGUACAUAAUGUACAUUAGAUUCAGAAAGACACAUAUUUUGUUAAAAAUGUUAAAAUACUUAAUUAAAAAACAAAAACAAAACAAAACAACAAUGGGAACUCAUUUUCAUUAUAAGUUAUAGGAAUAAACAAAACAAUUUUACAGUUGGAAUCUAUGAAACUAGUAUUAUUGCAGUGGGUAAAAAAAGAGGACAUAGUUAUGGAGUCUCUGUAGAACUUUGUGUUUUAUGAGCUGUAGUUAUACAGAUGAUAAAUCAACUAAACAUCUACUAGAAAUCCAUUAAUGGCUCCAUUGGUAUAUGACAUGACAUGCAUUUAGGAUAGCACUGCUAACCCUGUAGGUUUAAUCUCAAUGUCUACGUUUUGGUUGGAAAGUGAUAAAACACAUUGCCAAACAUUAUUAUUUCCUUGUACUGUGCAUUUUACUCAUUUCUGCCCUAAAGAAUGCCAUUAAGUUGCAAACAUCAAUCACUGUAAUCUUUCAUGUUGAGAUUUCUGGCCUAUAAAUAAGCCUCAUA